AGAGAGGGAGAGAGAGAGAGAAUUCCUCCACCCUCAUAAUAUAAAUAGGAGUGAUUGUUUAGGAGGGACUUUAUCCACACUUCUUUCUCUCUUUCACUCUUUCUUACUCACACUCUCUCUCAGGUCUCUAUUAAGCUCCACAGGCUGAGGAGCUCACAGCAGAGAUAUGAAGAGUGUGAAAAUGUUUGCAGCUUAUGCACUGCUGUUCCUCUUGCUGUCCUCGCUCGUCUCUCAAGCGUACAGUGCUCCAAAGGCCAGAUUCCAGCGGCGUAACUGGACCCCUCAGGCUAUGCUGUACCUCAAAGGCACACAAGGACGACGUUUCGUUUCGGUGGACAGAAACGAGGGUGACGUCUUUGACACACUCCACUUAGAAACACAGAAUGAAAACACAGAGAAUCUGAGCGUCUCCAAGGCAGCCACAGUGCUCCUCAACUUCCUUCAGCAAGCCAAAGAUGAAGGGAUGGAUAAUGGAUUAUUUUUGCAAGAUGCACCAGUUUGGAAAAGAGACUACUUCUGAGACAGUAUAAAAUAACUGAACUGUACAGUUUUAUUUAUUUCUGUUCUUUCUGUAUUAGCUCCUGUUUCAUGUAAACUCAUUCUUGUUUAAUGAUUAUAAAUGUAAAAAUACACAGAUUUUGAACUUCCUGUGUGUUUGUGGUGUUUAAUAAACCAGAUUUGCCCCAACAA